UUAUUCCCUGACCGGUUGGCUGUAGUUUUCUGGUUGGUAGAAAAUCUAGUUGGUAGUAUAUUGCGACAAGCUAAGCUCUAGUCAAGACAAUCUUGUUAAAUGUAUAAUUUCUUCUUCUGUACUAAGGUCUUUAGAAAGCUAGUUAUCUUUCUUUAGAUUCACUUUUCCUGACUAAAAAUGACUUCCAAGCGCCUCCUCGAUAAGCCCCUAGCCGGCAUACGGCUCGGUGGUGCGGCUUCGAGUCGAGCUGGUAACAGCACGUAUGGAGGGAAUACCGCCGGACAUGCUGAGACUGUCACGGCAAUGGAUUGCGGAGUGAUACUGGCAUGUAAAAAUGUGUCCUCGCCGGGAAGAGUUUUUAGUCCAAUGUUGGACAACAGCACUCUGAAAGAAUGUAUCAGCAAAGAUUCUGUUGUCAACGGAGUUGGUUUGAAGUCAGGGAGAGAAAAGCACCUUGACCUGAAAAAAGUGGGCUGUCCAGGCAACAUGGAUGAGAGUGACCUGAUGGGCCCAUGUGGGGUCCUGAAGAAUCCCAGCCCCACACAUCGCCUGAUUCUGAACGGGCAGAAGCUAGACGACCAAAUGCACUUCGAGCCCAGGCCCUCAGGCCGCGAGAGCGGGGAGGCCAGGUCCCGCCUGCAGCCGCUGCUCUGCCCAGACGGCUCGCCUGAGGAGCGCCCCCCACACGCUUCCUCGCACAUCCCCGUCCCACGGAACAGGAACCCCUCAGGCCAUGCUGAUAAGGAGGUGAUGGCUGCCACCGUCCUCACCAGUCUGUCCACCAGUCCCCUGGUGCUCAACCCCCCCUCAGCAGCCCCAGCUGCAGUACCGGAGCUGUCCAGCAGGGGGUGGAAGGAGAGCCUGUCGGCGAGCUACAGCAGCUCCACCAGCGGCAACUGGAGCUGGGACACCAGUGACCAGUCGGUGCCAUCCACACCCUCGCCACCUCUCUCCAAUCCAUGGAAGGGCUUCCUGCUGUUCAUGCAGGGCGACGAUGCAAUAAGAACUGACAGCCCCACUUCACGCUUCAUGUUUGAGGACCCCCAGAAAAGCAAGAAUUCCAUGAAGGUGAUGUUCAAGUGUUUGUGGAAGAACUGUGAAAAGGUCCUCAGCACGUCCUCAGGGAUCCAAAGGCACAUUCGCACUGUCCACCUGGGGCGGAACAGUGACUCAGACUACAGCGACGGCGAGGAAGACUUCUACUACACGGAGAUCGAGGUUAACAUGGACACACUGUCAGAGGGGCUGUCCAGCCUGACACCCACCUCCCCCACCACGGCCGGCCCACCCCCCAUCUUCCCCCCACCAGUGACCUCUGACCUGCUGCUUCUGCCACGCUGCGACUCCGCCCACCACCACCAGGCCUUCCACACACCCCUCAGCCAAUCGGCUCCCUCCGCACUCUGCCACAUCCGCACUGACCACGCCUACCAGGCCACUGCCCCUGUCAACAUUCCCAUUUCUUCCGAGACGAUUGAGAGCGAGAAUGGGAUCAGUGUGUCCUGGCAGUCUCCCCCUGUCAUUUUUAAAGGCUUACCGGGCCCGAUGAGUCACAUCCGCACUGUCAGCAUCGGAGAGAAGAGGCAGCUGACCGCCGCUCACACCACCCUCAACAACAAGGCCCACCCCACCACCCCCACCCCCACCCCCAAACCGGCCUCUGGCACCAGGAAGCCCCGCGGCGAGGCCAAGAAGUGCCGCAAGGUGUACGGCAUGGAGAAGAGAGACCUGUGGUGCACGGCCUGCCGCUGGAAGAAAGCCUGCCAGCGCUUCAUCGACUAAGCCCUGGUAAGAGACGCCACCCCUACGUGAGAGCUGGAGCCUGAGCCUGAGCCUGACCGAUGCUUCUGCAGUCCAACCCGGUCCAGCCCAGUCCCAGUCCUUGGGUCCGGUUCUGGUUCCCCUCUCCGCAGCCUUUCCCCAUCAGCAGGGGCUGGACACACUGCUGAGGUGAGGGCCCUAACUCUGGGACUGACUACUUUUUUCCCCCUUCCUCCACACCACCAGAGGGAGCUCCAACGCUCUAAACACCCUCAACCAGCAGAACACUGAAAAUCAAAUUUUAUCUACUUCAUACAUAGAAAAAAAAAAUGCUCAAAAAUGUUUUCUUUUUUUAAAAGAGUUUUUUGACAAAACAAAGAACUGGCAUAUUUUGCAUUAUUGAUAGUGUUGUUGGUGGACUUAAGCUGAAUUUGUUUUUAUUUCACCUUUCGAAAAGGAAUUGAAAAGAAACAGCAAAGGAAGAAAUAUGUAACACACAAAUCCUGAUUCAGCAGUUUAAGAUACUUGUUUAUUGUUUUUUUUCUAUGACUUUUAUUUUGGUCUGUUUUCAUUUGAAGACCGAGGUUGAAGAUUUCCAGUUGUCUUUUUUUUUAUCAUUCUUGUGUAGCAUUCUAUAAACAUGGCAGUCUUUACUGGUCAGAAAAAAAACAAGUAAGCUAUGUUUUUGUUAUCGGACUAUUCAUGCAUUGAUCUCCGCAACCUUCAUUUGAUCUUUGCAAAGAUGACACAAGUCCCUGAUUAGUGCUGAGUCUAGCACAGAUCUGGUCCUGAUCCAAUACUGACCCGGUCCAAAUCUGUCCGAGAAUCGGCGUCUUCCGGAGGAUUCCUCCUGAUCAGCUGCACUAACUGUCACCAUUUUUAUCAUGGACUCCCAGGAGAACCAAAGCCAAACCGGUGAUCUUUGUCUAGUGCACAACCCCACCACUGAUACACAGUGUCAGUAGGAGGCUUUCUUAGAAUCCAUUGCAGUUUGCCGGGAAGCAAAUAAGACAUGGUCAUCAUUAUCAGAUUGCUCAAACAUAACCAGGAAAUAAACAUGCUCAUUACAAUCAGAAGCACCAAAUAAAAUCUUACAUGUUUGAACAGAUGCACACACACAAAUAUAUAGAGUAUAUAUAUAUAUAAGGAUAUUUUUUUUCUUGUUUGUCUAUGUACCUCUUUAUCAAUAUGCACCUUGUUUUAGACAGAUAGGCAGAGCUCCUUGAGUCGGACAGUUUUGAGUGUCCUCUUUAGCUGUAACUACAUUGGAUUUUGCAGCAGGCCCAGGAGUUUCACAUACAAAGAAUAGUAUCCUUUUUGAGAUGAUUAUAUAAAGACACUUUUAGCAUAGACCAAUGUCUGCUCACUUUGAUUCUUCUUUUUCUCUGCUUUUUUGGAUUUUCUGUCUCACAUGAAACAGGUUUCUGGUAUUUUUUAGAUAAUCGUGUAGUUUUGUAUUAAGAAAAAAACAAAAAGAAAUCUAUCAAUCUACAGUAUUACUACAGUCAAUUAUGCUUCAGCAUCUCAUUGCAGAUAGAGCUAUGAUUAGCAAAGAUUCCCUUAUAGGAUGCAUGCCAAAGCAGGCGUAGAUUCCAGACAGAUGCUCUCUGGCUAUUUGGAUGUUGUCUUCUUCAGAAAAUGCUAAUUCAGAUUAGAAGAACUGGAGACUAGAGUUUGGAAUGUCCAUUUUUUUGGAUAGCCAAACUACAAGCCUACCGAAGCACAGGGGCUCAAGACUAAAGAGAAGGCGAAGAAUUAAAACAGAAUUGUAGUUGUGCACACAGUGAAAGACUGGGAGCAUAAAAUAAAGUGGGCAGACACCUGUCUUUUGGAACCUCUAGUUGCCAAAUGCAUUUUCAUGAGAAUUAUAGUGUUCAUUAGUCACCCUAUCCUGUGAAGGGAUUAUUUGCUUCCCGUGAAACGCUUCCUCUGAAUUGAACCAUUUACACUCACAGUUUUUUUUUUUUGCUUGGAACGACAGAUCACCGUUCCCUUAAAUACUGUCUUGAUUGUAGACACCUCUUUGAAUGUAGUCUCUGCUGUAUGUUGGCCUCUGCCAGUUCCUCUCUCUCUCCCUCUCUCUCUCUCUCUCUCCUCUCUCUCCUCCCUCUCGGCCUCUCUUGUCCACUGCGCUUUCCCUUUGAGUGAGUGCAGAUUUGAGUGCCCGCCCUGCAUGGUGACUCACACAAGACUGUUCACAGGCUCACACACACAAUAGCAAGGGUCAUCUCGCUCGCUCACAAGUGUGUACAGCGCUAUUGGACUCCUCUUGCAUGGACACACACCUCCUUUGAGCGGUCUCUAGGGCAACUAUACAACCUACAGGAAGAGAACUAACUGGCCUAAAUCCAGCCCAGACAUCCAAGAGCCCUUUAUACAUACUCUACUGCCAGCAAAUGGACAGGUUCAAAUCAACACACCUGUCAUUUACUAUGGUAUCAUUAAUUAAACAAGUUUGCAUUCAAAGGCCUUUUAUAACUACUGUAUUAGUGAUUGGCCAAGCCCAUAAGCCCUAAACACCUUUAUUAAAGAUGCACUCCAGCCAUUAAUUAACCCUGGUAAUGUCAUUUUAGUUCCUAACACAGACAUAUUCAUAAGUGCUUUUUAAAAAAAAAAAAUCCCUUCAUGAGCUAACUGUUCCGCCCCGGAUGCAUACAACUCUGCCUGGUUACCAAAUCGGGUUGACAAUGUCCUGAAAUAGCUAACAAUGCUGUGCUGUUGUAAGAUAGUUAACUCUGACACAUUAGCUUGCUUAUCUUGGAAAGCUAAAUGUGCCGAUGUGUCCUCAGGAAAACUAUUUUUCCAGGAAUGAUUCGGACAAUUCCACCCCGCAGGUCAGGCCACGAGUUAUUAUUCUGAAACAUCCACUAGUGUACUGCCCAUCUGAACCAGAAAGACUCAGCUAUGGUGUUUACUACUGUAGGUAUUUCACCCAUGUCUUUCGUAGGUAUUUCACCCAUGUUAACAAACCCCUAAUGGACAUGGACAAAGGUUCACAAGUAGAUCUUGGCUGGAGUGGGUCUUUCAAAAGUGCAUUAAGUAGCUAUUUGCUUAUUCAAGAGUACACUUGAAUAAGUGUCAACAGUUAUCCUUCAGAUAUAUAGCAUUGUUGUCUAGGUCCAGCAGCAUUUAUUUUUUCACAGCAAAACCCAGUGUCUAUACUGGUGAGCUGGUGGCCAUCGGUGCGGUUCUCUUCCUUGUCUGGGUCGGUGCUGACCCUCAGUUCAGAGGGGAGCUUAGUGUCUGUACUGGACAGAGUGAGGUUCUCUUUAAGGUCGUAAUAGAAAAAAAUAAAACAUUCACUUCAAGUGCCAAUGAGAAGAACAUCACGAGGGAAAAGAAAAACAAAGCAUUCAUACAUAUAACACAUGAAAUCGAAUUGCACUAACUUGUACUGCACAAAAGGCGUAUUUUUUUUUUUUUUUUUUUUUUAAUAAUCAGAGCAUUUUCUUUGUUUGUUUUUGAAGUUGAGAGUUGAGUUUAUGGUCACAGGUUCACAACUGCCAUGGGGUGCCAGAACAGAGGGCAAGGGACUGGGAUGAUUCCCUCAACCCCUGCUAAGCUAUAAGCUGUGUGUGUGUGGGCGGUACUUUACGGCAUUGAGCAGUCGUGACUCCUUCGUGUGGCCUAUUCAGCAUACUGUAGAUAAGCAGUCUGAGUGUAAAACCCCUUUAGUGGCCGUUUGGUUGGUAUCCAGGCUGCCGGUAUCCUGAGGUUGUGUCACUGCCCUGCUCAAUUGUAAAGUUGUGGAUGAUAUAGAAAAAGAGAUUAGGAUUUCUGAACACACACACACACACACACACACACACACACACACACACACACACACACACACACACACACACACACACACACACACACACACUAUCUAUGUCUUACUGUAGAUACUGUGCCUUUGGGAGAUACUGCCCUGGUCACCUUUGCCUUAGCUUGCCAUAAUAGCAGUCAUUCUUAGCUUAGCAAUUUCCUCUAAUAGUGCAGAGAGAAAAUAUUCUGGAAGGAUCAGCCAUUGGUGAAACAUUCUAGAGCCUGAGAUCUUUAAUUCAAAUUAUUUGUUGUAAAAUGGCUUCCAAUGGAGCCCAGUUGGCUCCUACAUUUGUGCCACCUGGUCCUAUUGAUGUUUUAUGAUAAAAUGUACAACACUUUAAUAGUGUAUUGCUAUCUUAAAUAUUUUAUGUUGUGUUUUUAUUUGGUAUUUUUGGCUCUGAAUUAUUGUGUGAGGGGGGAGGUCAGAAGUUUUUAAUAUGCAGUGUCCUAAUAGCUAAUCAUCUUUGUGGCAGAUAGCAGCUGAGCUUGUUCCCAUCCUAUUUUUUCCCACAAACAAAUUCAUUGAGGUCACAGAUUUCGAAAGUCUGGGCUAUUCAUGAUAAGAAUCUAAAAACUUGAUAAGUGAGAGAAGAUAGAUGACAAACUAAUAAUAUUUCUCUCUCAAAAUGUAUCAUAUGAGCGGUCUUGCACAUUUUCAAUGUAUGUAAGGUAGGAACAGAUGUUAUUAGUGUGGGCUGGGAAUACCGUACAUAAACCAAUGACAGACCAGAAUUAUACCCUACAUCCCUAAACUAAAGCCAGUCAGAUUCUUACUGGCCCACCUCUGGCCAAUCAAAGGAACUCGUUGCUGUGUCUAGCAACUGACUAAUGUGUGUCCAUAGCCUCAAACAUUUUUGAGAAGCAGAGCUUAUUAUCCAGUCUUAUGUUUUGAAUUGCACUAAAAGAAACAGAACAUGCCUAAAUAUGACAAAAAGAAUGGAAACAGGUCAUAUUUUUAAGUUCACUGGUUCUUGUCUGACAAAGAGAGACUCCUGUCAGAAUGAGUUGUCAGGCAGUGACACAACUCUAUGGAUACUGUGCAUCAAUGUCAGGGUUUUCCUGGACACUAUACAAAGGAAACCAUUGAGAGCUGUUUCAGUUUCAUUUUUGUCAUAAUUUUGUAAUAUGAUAUGGAAGCAUUUUUGUUUUUGAGGAGAUACAAUUGUUAAAUUUUUUAAUGAUUGAAAAGCUAUAGUUGAAGAAACAUGUAAAUAUAUGUUGUAUAUUGUGGGUUACAUGGCAAAGGGGAGAUUAAAGAAAAAAAAAAGCAAAACAAAACAAACAUUGAAUGUAAAAUCUACAAAAAGAUAUGCCUGUUCUAUGUUUUGUUUCUUUUGUAUAAUUCUUGCCUCACCUAUGGUGAUCAUCUUAGCCCGUUCUGACUUCCCUCUCUACUGUUAAACUAUCAGCAGUUUUAACCAACAGCAGUGUUCUUGCAUUUCUCUCAGUGAAGUAACACACUUCCAGUGUACUCCAGAAUUAAUUCAAGACUUGCUUUUUCUUUCGCUCUGUCUUUCUCUCCUCCUUUUCUCCUUUGCUCCAAAUAUUGAUUUAAGUUAGAAUGAAUGUUUGGUUGUGUGUGUGUGUGUGUGUUUCUGUGUGUCUGUGUGUAUGUGUAUGAGUAAGCAAAAUAAAUGUAAUAAAUGUCAGACUUUUAAGAUUUAUUUUGCUUGUUUUCUUUUUUGAGGUUUUCAUUUUAUUGUUUUUAGGCGAGAGAAAUUGUUGUGUACAUUCCGAUCUGCAACUACGCCAUUGUCCCCCUUUUAUGUUGUGUCCUCUGUCUAUGUCUUUGUUUAUACACAGUAUAUGUGUGUCCUCUCUCAAUGUCUUGGUUUAUACUAAGUGUUUGUGUGUGUGUGAGUGUGUGUCCAUGUCUUGUGUUAUUCUCAGUGUGUGUGUGUGUGUAUUCUGUCUAUGUCUUGGGUUAUUCUCAGUGUGUUUGUGUGUGUGUGUGUGUAUUCUGUCAAUGUUUUGGGUUAUACUAAGUGUGUGUGUGUGUGUGUGUGUGUGUGUGUUCUACCCAUGUUUUGGGUUAUACUGUGUGUGUCUCUGCUCCCUUCCACUGUGUCACUAUCCAUGACCUUACCCAGUGCAUUAAGCUAAAGACCCAAGAAAUGUGUAGAAAUGUGUAUGUCUUUAUUUCUCUUUUUCUUUCUUUCUUUCAUUCUUUCUUUCUGCCAGUCUUGUCUUUCUUACUUUCUUUCUGUCUGUCACUCCUCAUUUGGAUGAUUAUCUCUUUGUCAAAGACAAAAAAUAGAGUGUAUGUUUUUUUUUUUUUUUUUUUUGCUGUUAGCUCAACAGAGCAAAAAUGUUUUGAAUGCUUCCAGUGACUUUUUGAUCAGCUCUGUGAUCAAAAAACACUCUUAUUUUCUUAACCUGCUCUCAUUCUGGAAAGGCUAUUUUUGUCCUGUUUUCAUAGUUCCUGGCUAAACAAUUUGUUUUCAUCACAUCUGCUUUAACUGAUUUUUGUUUUUCUGAGAUGGUUUUUGUUGACAUUCUUCUUAUUUUGCAUGUCCACUUCUGUACUGUGUUGCCUGAUAGGAACCUUGUUUGUGAAUUGAGAGCGUUCACUGUAGUGUGUAAGGACAGUGUGGGAGGGUUGAGCGAUGGGCGUGUGAGCGUGUGUUUGCGAUUGCAGUUAUGUAAUGUUCUGAUGCCUACAAUGUGACGAGAGAUGACAAUAAAUGUGGAUCACACAGCCUCCCUGGA